AUGACGCAGCAUUCCCCAGAGAUUCACUCGCCGUCGGCACACCCACAGCAGCGGCCAAAAGGCAUCCUCAAGAACUCGAGCUCAUUCCGCGGCCAGAGCUCCGUGUCUCCGACGAGCGAGGUCACUCCUCCGCCACUUGGCCAGACCGUCUCCAAUGAACGACCUGGUAUCGGUCGCGAGCUUUCUGAGAAGGAGAUCGUCCUUGAGAACACGCUGCGAAAUGCGGGCCCGCACCGCCGCUCUUCGUCGAACCCCCGCGGCCCCGGCUCCCGUCGCCAGUCCGGUACCAGCGUGCAGGCGGACGAGAACAGCCCUCGACUCAAAUGGGACGAGGCCAAUCUAUACCUUACCGAGCAAGAAAGGGACAGCACGAUGAAGAUCACCGAGCCCAAGACGCCCUACGCCCAGCAAUACGAUCCCACUGAGGACGAGGAAGAGAUCGAGAUGCUGAACGCGGAGGAACUCAAGGUAGAUGAGCUGGACGACAAGCCCAAGAAGCGCAAGCCGAAGAUGGACGACAUUCCCGACUUUGACCUGGGUGAGCCGGAGCUGGAAGCAGACAGCUCUCGGACUCCGGAGAGCGAGAGGCGCGUCAUUGUAGAGCCUGACGCUCCGGGCGAGGCCGGUCAUCACGACGGGGAUGAAUUCGCGCACAUGACUGCUGAGGAACGGGAAAAGCACGACAAGUUCGAGCAGCUGCGGAAGAAACACUACGAGAUGAAGAACGUCAAGGAUCUCUUGGGACACCCGGAAGCUAUUGACGAGGACGAGGACGACCAGCCAGAUCAGGUACCUCCGAUGCCCAAUGGCCAGUAG